UGUUUGACUCAACUGGGUAUGUUCUUAUAAUGCCAGGAGAAUGAUUCUAUCCUAAGUCAGCUGAACAGAAGCCAGAAGUGAACUGCAAACAAGAGACCCGGCUUGCAUAACAGCGUGGAGACCAGUUUCACUGCAGCAGCACAGAGUAGGUGGUUGCUAAUGAGCCUGCAGUGAAGAUGCCUACAGAGUGACGACCAAAGGGAAGUUCCUUGCUCACCUGAAAAAGACAAUCACUGUACAGGUGAAGCUUUGUUCUAAGAUUAUUUGUUUCGUCUAGUUCAUGAGCUCAAAUCAUAAAGACCCUAAAUGUUACAGAAGUGUUGAAAGAUUGCUCGGUCAUGAGCACUGACAGUAACUCCUUGGCACGUGAAUUUCUGACCGAUGUCAACCGGCUUUGCAAUGCGGUGGUCCAGAGAGUGGGGGCCAGGGAGGAAGAAGAGGAGGAGAUACACAUGGCAACCCUUGGACAAUACCUCGUCCACGGCCGAGGAUUUCUGUUACUUACCAAGCUAAAUUCUAUUAUUGAUCAGGCAUUGACAUGUAGAGAAGAACUCCUUACCCUUCUUCUGUCACUCCUUCCACUGGUAUGGAAGAUACCUGUUCAACUAGAAAAGGCAGCAGAUUUUAAUCUACCGUUCUCAGCUGAUAUAAUCCUGACCAAAGAAAAGAACUCAAGUUCUCAAAGAUCUACUCAGGAAAAAUUAUAUUUAGAAGGAAGUGCCCCAGCCGGUCAGGUUUCUGCAAAAGUAAAUGUUUUUCGACAAAGCAGACGACAGCGUAAAACUACCCAUCGCUAUUCUGUAAGAGAUGCAAGAAAGACACAGCUCUCCACCUCAGAUUCAGAAGUCAAUUCAGAUGACAAAAGUAUAGUAAUGACUAAGCAUAGAAGGUCCCAUCUGCUACAGCAUUUUGUAACACAGUCUCCUAAAGAAGACCACCUUACAGCAAAGCUUGACCACUUAUCAACCAAAGAACAGACCCCUCCUGAUACCAUGGCUUUGGAAAAUUCCAGAGAGAAAAUUCCAAAACAGGAGUCAAACACUGACAUUUUAAGUGAGCCAGCGGCCUUGUCUGUCAUCAGUCACAUGCACAAUUCUCCAUUUGACUUAUGUCAUGUUCUGUUAUCUUUAUUAGAGAAAGUUUGUAAGUUUGACAUUACCUUGAAUCAUAAUUCUGCUCUAGCUGCCAGUGUAGUGCCCACGCUGACUGAGUUCCUGGCGGGUUUUGGGGACUACUGUAAUCUCAGCGACAAUUUGGAGAGUCAGAUGGUUUCUGCAGGUUGGACUGAAGAACCGGUGGCUUUGAUUCAACGGAUGCUUUUUCGAACAGUGUUGCAUCUUAUGUCAGUAGAUAUCAGUAUGGCAGAGAUGAUGCCAGAAAGUCUUAGAAAAAAUUUAACGGAAUUGCUUAGAGCAGCUUUAAAAAUUAGAACUUGCCUAGAAAAGCAGCCUGACCCUUUUGCACCAAGACAAAAGAAAACACUACAAGAGGUUCAGGAAGAUUUUGUGUUUUCCAAGUAUCGCCACAGAGCGCUUCUUUUACCAGAGCUCCUAGAGGGAGUUUUACAGAUCCUGAUCUGUUGUCUUCAAAGUGCAGCUUCAAAUCCUUUCUUCUUCAGUCAAGCCAUGGAUCUGGUUCAAGAAUUCAUUCAGCAUCAUGGAUUUCAUUUACUUGAAACAGCAGUUCUUCAAAUGGAGUGGCUGGUUGUAAGAGAUGGGGUUCCUCCUGAGGCCUCAGAACAUUUGAAAGCCCUCAUCAAUAGUGUGAUGAAAAUAAUGAGCACUGUCAAAAAAGUGAAGUCAGAGCAACUUCAUCAUUCAAUGUGUACAAGAAAGAGGCACAGACGGUGUGAAUAUUCCCACCUCAUGCAUCACCACAGAGAUCUCUCAGGUCUGCUGGUUUCGGCUUUUAAAAACCAAGUUUCCAAAACCCCGUUUGAAGAGACGGCAGAUGGAGACGUGUAUUACCCCGAGCGGUGCUGUUGCAUUGCAGUGUGUGCUCACCAGUGUUUACGCUUACUGCAGCAGGCUUCGUUGAGCAGCACGUGCGUCCAGAUUCUCUCGGGUGUUCAGAACAUCGGCAUAUGCUGCUGUAUGGAUCCCAAAUCUGUGAUCAUCCCUUUGCUCUAUGCUUUUAAAUCGCCAGCACUGAAAAACUGUCGGCAGCAUAUACUAAAUAUUCUUAACAAACUUAUUUUGGAUCAGUUAGGAGGAGCCGAGAUACCACAAAAAACUAAGAAAGCAGCUUGCAAUAUUUGUACCGUUGACUCAGAUCAACUAGCCAAAUUAGAAGAGACCCUGCAGGGAAACGCAUGCGAUGCUGAACCUUCCUCAGGUUUAUCCAGUCCUUCUUACAGAUUUCAAGGGAUCCUGCCCAGCAGUGGAUCUGAAGACUUGUUGUGGAAAUGGGAUGCCUUAGAGGCUUAUCAGAAUUUUGUUUUUGAAGAAGACAGAUUAUGUAGUGUGCAGAUUGCAAGUCACAUUUCCAGUUUAAUCCAGAAAGGCAAUAUAGUUGUUCGGUGGAAAUUGUAUAACUACAUAUUUAAUCCUGUGCUCCAAAGAGGAGUUGAAUUAGCACAUCAUUGUCAACAGCUCGACAUUACUUCAGCUCAGACUCAUGUAUGUAGCCAUCAUGACCAGUGUUUGCCCCAGGAAGUGGUUCAGAUUUAUUUAAAAACUCUGCCUAUCCUGCUUAAAUCAAGGGUAAUAAGAGAUUUGUUUUUAAGUUGUAAUGGAGUGAACCAAAUAAUUGAAUUAAAUUACUUAGAUGGUAUUCGAAAUCACUCGCUAAAAGCAUUUGAAACUCUGAUAAUCAGCCUAGGGCAACAACAGAAAGAUUCUUCAAUUCCAGGUAUUGAUGGGACAGACCUUGAACAGAAGGAGCUGUCAUCUUUAAAUGUCAAUACUUUGUACAACCAGCAAGCUUAUUCAGAUUCUCAGAGUCUUAGCAAAUUUUAUGCCCGCCUCAAAGAUGCUUAUCCAAAGAAACGGAAGUCUGUCACCCAGGAUGUUUAUAUCAACACGAUAAACCUCUUCCUCUGUGUGGCGUUCUUGUGCGUAAGUAAAGAAGCAGAAUCUGAUAGAGAGUCAGCCAAUGAUUCAGAAGAUACUUCUGGCUACGACAGUACAGCGAGCGAGCCUUUGCAACACAUGCUGCCAUGUUUCUCUCUCGAGAGCCUCGUCCUGCCCUCUCCCAAACACAUGCACCAAGCAGCAGACAUUUGGUCAAUGUGUCAUUGGAUCUACAUGUUGAGUCCAGUUUUCCAGAAACAGUUUUAUAGACUUGGUGGUUUCCGAGUAUGCCAUAAAUUAAUAUUUAUGAUAAUACAGGAACUAUUCAGAAGUCCUGAAGAGGAGCAAGGGAGAAAGGAGGGAGAUAUAAAUGUAGAUGAAAACCAAGAUUUACACAGACCUUCUCAAUCUGAGGACACUGUGAAGGAAGAUUUAUUAUCUUUGACUGUGAAAAGUGACCCCACACCUUCAGAACUGGGUAGUCUGAAAAAGAGUGCUGACAGUUUAGGUAAAUUGGAGUCACAGCCUAUUUCUUCCAUGAACGUGGAACAUAUUCCAGCCGCAUCUGCUCCUGAGGAAGCAAAAGUAUUUACGAGUCGAGAAAGCGAGACCUCACUUCAGGGCAUACGACUUUUGGAAGCCCUUUUGGCUAUUUGUCUUCAUGGCACCAGAGCUAGUCAGCAAAAGAUGGAAUUGGAGUUACCUAAUCAGAACUUGUCUGUGGAAAAUAUACUGCUUGAAAUGAGGAGCCAUCUUUCCAAGUCAAAGGUGAUUGAAACAGAAUUAGCAAAGCCUUUAUUUGAUGCCCUGCUUCGAGUUGCACUGGGGAAUCAUUCAGCAGAUUUUGAACACGAUGAUGCUAUGACUGAGAAGAGUCAUCAGUCUGAAGAAGAAUUGUCAUCCCAACCUGGUGAUUUUUCAGAAGAAGCUGAGGAUUCUCAGUGUUGCAGUAUUAAACUUUUGGUUGAAGAAGAAGGUUAUGAAGCAGAUACUGAAAGCAAUCCUGAGGAUAGUGAAACCUGGGAUGAUGGGGUAGACUUAAAGCCUGAAGUAGAAAGUUUCAGUGCAUCAAGCAGUCCAAAUGACUUACUUGAAAACCUCACUCAAGGGGAAAUAAUUUAUCCUGAGAUUUGUAUGCUGGAAUUAAAUUUGCUUUCUACUUGCAAAGCCAAACUUGAUGUGCUUUCCCAUGUAUUUGAGAGUUUUUUGAAAAUCAUCAGGCAGAAAGAAAAGAAUAUUUUUCUACUCAUGCAACAGGGAACUGUGAAAAAUCUUUUAGGAGGGUUCUUGAGUAUUUUAACACAGACUGAUUCUGAUUUUCAAGCAUGCCAGAGAGUACUGGUGGAUCUUUUGGUAUCUUUGAUGAGUUCAAGAACAUGUUCGGAAGAGCUAACCCUUCUUUUGAGAGUAUUUCUGGAGAAAUCUCCUUGUACAGAAAUUCUUCUUCUGGGUAUUCUGAAAAUUGUUGAAAGUGACAUUACUAUGAGUCCUUCACAGUAUCUAACCUUCCCUUUGCUGCAUACUCCAAAUUUAAGCAAUGGUGUUUCAUCUUUUUCACAAAAGUGUCCCGCAAUUCUAAACAGUAAGGCCAUGGGGUUAUUAAGAAGAGCACGAGUUUCGCGGAGCAAGAAGGAGGGUGACAGUGACAGUUUUCCCCAGCAGCUGCUUUCCUCUUGGCACGUAGCCCCCGUCCACUUGCCAUUGCUAGGACAAAACUGCUGGCCCCACCUGUCGGAAGGUUUCAGCGUUUCACUGUGGUUUAAUGUGGAGCGCAUUCACGAAGCUGAGAGUACCACAGAAAAAGGAAAGAAGACAAAGAAAAGAAACAAAUCGUUGAUUUUACUGGAUAGUAAUUUUGAUGGAACAGAGCACAACAGACCGGAAGGUGCAGAGUGCGUGAGUCCUGGUGAAAAGCUCCUAGAGGAAGGCUGUAUUCACAUGAUCUCACUGGGAUCAAAAGCGCUGAUGAUCCAAGUGUGGGCUGAUCCCCACAGUGGCACUUUUAUCUUUCGUGUGUGCAUAGAUUCAAAUGACGAUACGAAAGCUGUUUUACUAGCACAGGUUGAAUCAGAGGAGAAUAUUUUCCUUCCAAGCAAAUGGCAACAUUUAGUACUCACCUACUUGCAGCAGCCCCAAGGGAAAAAGAAUAUCCAUGGGAAGAUCUCCAUAUGGAUCUCUGGACAGAGGAAGCCUGAUGUUACUUUGGAUUUUAUGCUUCCAAGAAAAACAAGUUUGUCAUCUGACAGCAAUAAAACAUUUUGCAUGAUUGGCCAUUGUUUAUCAUCCCAAGAAGAAUUUCUGCAAUUGGCUGGCAAAUGGGACCUGGGAAAUUUACUUCUUUUCAAUGGAGCUAAGAUUGGCUCACAAGAGGCAUUUUAUUUAUAUGCUUGUGGACCCAAUCAUACAUCUAUAAUGCCAUGUAAAUAUGGCAAGCCUGUGAAUGACUACUCCAAAUAUAUUAAUAAAGAAAUUUUGCGAUGUGAACAAAUCAGAGAACUUUUUAUGACCAACAAAGAUGUGGACAUUGGUCUUCUAAUUGAAAAUCUUUCAGUUGUGUAUACCACUUACUGUCCUGCUCAGUACACCAUCUAUGAGCCAGUUAUUAGACUUAAAGGUCAAAUGAAAACACAACUCUCUCAAAGACCCUUCAGCUCAAAAGAAGUUCACAGCAUCUUAUUAGAACCUUAUCAUCUAAAGAAUCUCCGGCCCACUGAAUGUAAAACACUUCAAGGCAUUCUGCACGAAAUUGGUGGAACUGGUAUAUUUGUCUUUCUCUUUGCUAGGGUUGUGGAACUCAGUAUCUGUGAAGAAACUCAAGCAUUAGCACUGAGAAUUAUACUCUCAUUAAUUAAAUACAACCAACAGAGAAUACAUGAAUUAGAAAAUUGUAAUGGACUUUCCAUGAUUCAUCAGGUGUUGAUCAAACAAAAAUGCAUUGUGGGCUUUCACAUUUUGAAGACCCUUCUUGAAGGUUGCUGUGAUGAAGAUAUUAUUCAUAUCAAUGAGAAUGGAGAAUUUAAGUUGGAUGCCGAGUCUAAUGCUAUAAUCCAGGAUGUUAAGCUGCUAGAGGAGCUGUUGCUAGACUGGAGGAUAUGGAAUAAAGCAGAGCAAGGUGUUUGGGAAACUCUGCUGGCAGCCCUAGAAGUUCUCCUCAGAGCGGAUCACCAGCAGCAGAUGUUUAAUAUUAAGCAGUUGCUGAAAGCUCGAGUGGUGCAUCACUUUCUACUGACUUGCCAGGUUUUGCAGGAACACAAAGAGGGUCAGCUUACAUCCAUGCCCCGAGAGGUUUGUAGAUCAUUUGUGAAAAUUAUAGCAGAAGUCCUUGGGUCUCCUCCAGAUCUGGAAUUAUUGGCAACCGUCUUCAGUUUCCUUUUAGCAGCUCACCCUCCUACCAAUACUUACGUUUGCCAUAACCCUGCAGGGUUCUACUUUUCUUUGCACAUAGAUGGCAAGAUCUUUCAGGAGAAAGUACAGUCAAUCAUGUACCUGAGGCAUUCUAGCAGUGGAGGAAAGUCUGUUACUAGCCCUGGAUUUAUGGUAAUAAGCCCAUGUGGUUUUACUGCUUCACCACCUGAAGGAAACAAUUCCUCCAGUACUGUUCCACAGCAGAUAAGUGCCAGCAUGUUGCGUUCUAGAAGCCUACCAGCAUUUCCUACUUCUUCACCUCAAAUACAACCACGAAAAUUGACCGGAAGUUUGGGUUGUAGCAUUGACAAGUUACAAAACGUUGUAGAUAAUGACGUUGCUUCCCAACCAGAGAAAUGGAGCCCUCUGGGGAGUUUCGAGACACUGAAGAAAGGCAAAGAAGAUGCUUUUGUCAGUAGCUGUGAGUCUGCAAAAACGGUUUGUGAGAUGGAAGCUGCCCUUUCAGCCCAUGCCUCUGUCACUGGUGUCCCAAAAGGAACAUCGGGACUUCCAGUGGUCAAAGUAGAUCAGAAAGAGGUGGGGACAGAACCCAGAUCAGACGAUGACAGCCUCGGGGAUGAGUUCUGCCCACGCCGACCUGAUUACCUGAAGGGACUGGCCUCGUUCCAGCAAAGCCACAGCACUGUCGCAAGCCUUGGGCUAGCUUUUCCCUCACAGAAUGGCUCUGCAGCUGUCGGCCGGUGGCCAAGUCUUGUUGACAGGAACACCGAAGACUGGGAUAACUUUUUUUCUCUCCAUUAUGAGCCAAACCACAAGCGAACUACAAGUGCUCACAGCGUAACUGAAGACUGUUUGGUCCCUGUAUGCUGUGGGCUGUAUGAACUCUUAAGCGGAAUCCUUCUCAUCCUGCCUGAUGUUAUGCUGGAAGAUGUGAUGGACAGGCUCAUUCAAGCAGAUACGCUGUUGGUCCUCGUUAACCACCCAUCACCUGCUGUACAACAAGGAGUUAUUAAACUAUUAGAUGCAUAUUUUAAUAGAGCAUCUAAGGAACAAAAGGAUAAAUUUCUGAAGAAUCGUGGCUUUUCCUUGCUAGCCAACCAGUUGUAUCUUCAUCGGGGAACUCAGGAAUUAUUAGAAUGCUUCAUUGAAAUGUUCUUUGGCCGACAUGCUGGCCUUGAUGAAGAAUUUGAUCUGGAAGAUGUGAAAAACAUGGGACUUUUUCAGAAGUGGUCUGUCAUUCCUAUUCUGGGACUAAUAGAGACCUCCUUGUAUGACAACAUGCUCUUGCAUAACGCGCUCUUACUUCUUCUCCAGAUAUUAAAUUCUUGUUCUAAGGUAGCAGAUAUGUUGUUGGAUAAUGGUCUCCUCUACGUGUUAUGUAAUACAGUAGCAGCUCUGAAUGGAUUAGAAAAGAACGUUCCUUUGAAUGAAUACAGAUUGCUUGCUUGUGAUCUGCAGCAACUUUUCAUAGCAGUUACAAUUCAUGCUUGCAGUUCCUCAGGCUCACAAUAUUUUAGAGUUAUUGAAGAUCUUAUUGUACUGCUUGGAUAUCUUCAAAAUAGCAAAAGCAAGAGGACCCAAAAUAUGGCUGUUGCACUACAGUAUAGAGUUCUCCAGGCUGCUAUGGAAUUUAUAAGGACCACCGCAAAUCAUGACUCUGAAAACCUUACAGAUUCAUCUCAGUCGCCUGCUGCUCCCCAUCAUGUAAUAUUUCAAAAGCGAAAGAGCAUUGCUGGUUCAAUUCCAAUGAAGGAUUUCAUUAUUCCUCACCUACCAAGACGUCAUUUUUGUUCCUGUGGUCAACUUCCGACGCCCUUCUCCUUCAGUCCAUUAAAUCAAGACUCAGGUCCCUCCUUUUCUCCUGGAUCCGCUCCCUGUGUGGUGCCUUUCAGAGCAGGUCCUCGAAAAUUUCCCCUUGCUCAAACUGACUCUCUUCUGAUGAAAAUGCGUUCAGUAGCAAGUGAUGAACUUCAUAUGAUGAUGCAACAGAGAAUGAGCCAGGAGAAUCCUGUCCAGGCAACCGAAACAGAACUUGCACAGAGACUGCAGCGGCUCACCAUUUUAGCAGUUAACAGGAUUAUUUAUCAAGAGUUUAAUCCAGACAUUAUUGACAUUUUGAGUACUCCAGAAAAUGCACCUCAAAGCAAGACCUCAGUUUCCCAGACUGAAAUUUCUGAAGAAAAUAUUUAUCAUGAACAGCCUUCUGCUUUCAAUCCAUUUCAGAAAGAAAUGUUCACAUACCUGGUAGAAGGCUUCAAAGUAUCUACUAGUUCAAGUAAAGCCAGUGGUUCCAGACAGCAGUGGGCUAAAAUCUUAUGGUCUUGUAAGGAAACCUUCCGAAUGCAGCUUGGGAGACUGCUCGUGCAUAUUUUGUCACCAGCCCACCCUUCACAAGAGAGAAAGCAAAUUUUUGAAAUAGUUCGUGAACCAAAUCAUCAGGAAAUACUACGAGACUGUCUUAGCCCAUCCCUGCAACAUGGAGCCAAGUUAGUUUUGUAUUUGUCAGAGUUGAUACAUAAUCAUGAAGAUGAAUUGACUGAAGAAGAACUAGACACAGCAGAGCUGCUUAUGAAUGCUUUAAAGUUAUGUGGUCAUAAGUGCAUCCCCCCCAGUGCAUCGACAAAAUCAGACCUUAUUAAAGUGAUUAAAGAGGAACAAAAGAAAUAUGAAACUGAAGAACAUGUGAAUAAAGCCAACUGGCAGAAAACAGUUAAUAAUAAUCAGCAAAGUCUCUUUCAGCGUCUUGAUUCAAAAUCAAAGGAUAUAUCUAAAAUAGCUGCGGAUAUCACCCAGGCAGUGUCUCUUUCCCAAGGAAUUGAGAGAAAAAAGGUGAUCCAGCACAUCAGAGGAAUGUAUAAAGUGGAUCUGAGUGCCAGCAGACACUGGCAGGAGCUUAUUCAACAACUGACGCAUGAUAGAGCAGUCUGGUAUGACCCCAUCUACUAUCCAACUUCAUGGCAGUUGGAUCCAACAGAAGGGCCAAAUCGAGAGAGAAGGCGCUUACAGAGAUGUUACUUAACUAUUCCAAAUAAGUAUCUCCUUAGGGAUAGACAAAAAUCAGAAGCAGAUGUGGUCAAACCACCACUCUCUUACCUAUUUGAAGACAAAACUCAUUCUUCUUUCUCUUCUACUGUGAAGGACAAAGCUGCAAGUGAGUCUAUAAGAGUGAAUCGAAGAUGUAUCAGCGUCGCACCAUCUAGAGAGACAGCUGGUGAAUUGUUGUUAGGUAAAUGUGGAAUGUAUUUUGUGGAAGAUAAUGCUUCUGACACAGUUGAAAGUUCCGGCCUUCAGGGAGAAUUGGAACCAGCAUCAUUUUCCUGGACAUAUGAAGAAAUUAAAGAAGUUCACAAACGUUGGUGGCAAUUGAGAGAUAAUGCAGUAGAAAUCUUUUUAACAAAUGGCAGAACACUCCUGUUGGCAUUUGAUAACACCAAGGUUCGUGAUGAUGUGUACCACAGUAUACUAACAAAUAACCUCCCUAAUCUUCUGGAAUAUGGCAAUAUCACCGCUCUGACAAAUUUAUGGUAUACUGGACAAAUUACUAAUUUUGAAUAUUUGACUCACUUAAACAAACAUGCCGGCCGAUCCUUUAAUGAUCUCAUGCAGUAUCCAGUGUUCCCGUUUAUCCUAGCUGACUACGUUAGUGAGACCCUUGACCUCAGCGAUCCUUCAGUGUACAGAAAUCUCUCCAAGCCCAUAGCUGUGCAGUACAAAGAAAAAGAAGAUCGUUACGUGGACACAUACAAGUACCUGGAGGAGGAGUACCGCAAAGGAGCCCGGGAAGACGACCCGAUGCCCCCGGUGCAGCCCUACCACUACGGUUCCCACUACUCCAACAGCGGCACCGUGCUUCACUUCCUGGUCAGGAUGCCUCCUUUCACAAAGAUGUUUUUAGCCUAUCAAGAUCAGAGUUUUGACAUCCCAGACAGAACUUUUCAUUCUACAAACACAACCUGGCGUCUCUCCUCUUUUGAGUCCAUGACUGACGUGAAAGAACUUAUCCCAGAGUUUUUCUAUCUUCCAGAAUUCUUAGUUAACCGUGAAGGUUUCGAUUUUGGUGUACGCCAGAACGGCGAACGGGUUAAUCACGUCAACCUCCCGCCUUGGGCACGUAACGAUCCUCGUCUUUUUAUCCUCAUCCAUAGACAGGCUCUAGAGUCUGACUACGUGUCCCAGAACAUCUGUCAGUGGAUCGACUUGGUAUUCGGGUAUAAGCAAAAAGGGAAGGCCUCUGUCCAAGCCAUCAAUGUUUUUCAUCCUGCUACAUAUUUUGGAAUGGAUGUCUCUGCAGUUGAAGAUCCAGUUCAGAGACGAGCACUGGAAACCAUGAUAAAAACCUACGGCCAGACCCCUCGUCAGCUGUUCCAGUCGGCCCAUGCGAGCAGACCUGGCUCCAAGCUCAACAUCGAAGGGGAGCUUCCUGCUGCCGUGGGGUUGUUAGUGCAGUUUGCUUUCAGGGAAACCAGAGAACAGGUCAAGGAAAUUCCCUAUCCGAGUCCUUUGUCAUGGAUAAAAGGCUUGAAAUGGGGGGAGUAUGUCGGUUCCCCAAGUGCCCCGGUACCUGUGGUCUGCUUCAGCCAGCCCCACGGAGAAAGAUUCGGUUCUCUCCAGGCUCUGCCCACUAGAGCAAUCUGCGGUUUGUCCCGAAAUUUCUGUCUUCUGAUGACGUACAGCAAAGAACAAGGUGUGAGAAGCAUGAACAGUACUGACAUUCAGUGGUCCGCCAUCCUGAGCUGGGGAUAUGCUGAUAACAUUUUAAGGUUGAAGAGUAAACAAAGCGAGCCUCCAAUAAACUUUAUACAAAGUUCACAGCAGCAUCAGGUGACUAGUUGUGCUUGGGUACCGGACAGUUGCCAACUGUUUACUGGGAGCAAAUGUGGUGUCAUCACAGCCUACACAAACAGAUUCCUGAGCGGCACGCCUUCAGAGAUAGAAAUGGAGUCUCAGAUACAUCUCUAUGGGCACACAGAAGAGAUAACCAGCUUAUUUGUCUGCAAACCAUACAGUAUAAUGAUAAGUGUGAGCAGAGAUGGAACCUGCAUCAUAUGGGAUUUAAACAGGUUGUGCUACGUACAAAGUCUGGCGGGACACAAAAGCCCUGUCACAGCCGUCUCUGCCAGUGAGACUACAGGCGACAUUGCCACCGUGUGUGACUCAGCUGGCGGGGGCAGUGACCUCAGACUCUGGACAGUGAACGGGGACCUCGUUGGACAUGUCCACUGCAGAGAGAUCAUUUGUUCCGUGGCUUUCUCUAACCAACCUGAGGGAAUAUCUAUCAACGUGAUUGCUGGGGGAUUAGAAAAUGGAAUUGUAAGGUUAUGGAGUACUUGGGACUUAAAGCCUGUGCGGGAAAUUACAUUUCCUAAAUCAAAUAAGCCUAUUGUAAGCCUUACAUUUUCCUGCGAUGGCCACCAUUUGUACACAGCCAACAGUGAUGGGACCGUGAUCGCCUGGUGUCGGAAGGACCAGCAGCGCCUGAAACAGCCAAUGUUCUAUUCCUUCCUCAGCAGCUAUGCAGCGGGAUGAGUGAGGAGAACCUCGCAUUCUGCAAGGCACUUCAACUCCAAGCUAGAUUUGCUGACCUCGCCAGUUACAGGAGGUCAAACCCGAAGAACUGGAUGACCAAACAAACCAUCCAAGUAAUGAUAAAGUCUGUUCGUCUGCACAAAAUUCUGCAGCCUCACAAGGUCCUGAGAGGAAAGUUUUGUUUAGUGAUAACCUGGAGGGUAUGUCAGUAUGCACUAACCACAAGGUUUAAGUCUGGCACAGUAAAUUAAAAUCAUGUUCUUAAAGGUUUUUUUCCAUAGAGGAUUCUGAAGAAAAGAUGAGCAUCUAUUUCUGUUUUCUAUUACUUUCUAUUUUCUAUUAUUCCAAAAAAGCCAGUAGAAUUUAAAUUGGUUAGCUGUUUGUAUAAAAUGUUCUAAAGAUUAUAUUUUAAAAGUUUUCUGCCAAGAUAACACACCCACCCCACUCCCCCCAAAAAAGGAAAGAUAAGGAUAAAGAAUUCAGGACUUGAUCAUUGCUUUCUCUGAGAAGUAUGUAAUUCAGUAGGUGCUUCUGCACCAAAGAUUUUUUGGAAUAUCUGAAUAUGUGAAUCUCAGUGUUAGGCAGUUUUUGCCUGUUGCCUUCUUAGCUCAAAGUAGAACCAGAAUUUUUUGACAGUCACAAACAACAACACAAGUAUCUUUGAUUUUCAGACACAUUCUGUUUCUUCAUAAAAAUCCUACUUAAAAUCCAUAACACUAGAUAUGGAAUAUCCUUAGUUGAGUCACUAAGAUUUAAACACAAUAAUAAUUCUUUUAAUAUCUGCCAUUUACAGAGCAUUGAAUACUUAACAAUUUGCAAUAGAAAGCCUCCAUUUCAGAAAAAGUUUGCACAGAUAUUAAUAAUGCAGUCCAGUUAAGGCGUUUAAUCUAAUAUGCAGGAGGAGUUUUCUUCCCCAAAGGACACAGCUUACUUCGUUUUAAACAGGAGGCAGAAUAAUUCUUUUAGGAAGCAGUUUCCACUGUUUCUACUAACCUAUACCACUUGAGAAUUCUAGGAACAACAGAAAAAUCUGUGUACUCCACAGCAAACUUACACAUGAUAAAGACAGAGUUCCUAAAAAUCCUGGAAUAGUCUGUCAUGAUAUUAUGGCUCUAUUUUUACUUGGGGUGCUGCUUUAUUGGCUUUGAAAACACUGUAAAAUAAGCUCAGUAAUGUUACCAUGAGAUAAAAAGAUGUAUUCCUGCCUAAGAACUACUUGCGUGUUUGCUAUGGAAAUUUAAUUCAUAUGGUGUUUACAGAACUACUUUUGUAACUUCUAGACUUUCUAAAACAUUCUGCUUAAAAACUGUAUAAAAUACAAUUGCAAAGUCUCUGCUGUCAAGAUAAAUACAAGAGGAAGCAAGUGGCUACGUAUGCUCGUAACCUUCAGUUGCAUACAUAGGUAAGAGCACUUCACGGCUGCACUGAGAUCAUGGUUUGCACAGACCACCUAUUAAUUCUGAGGUCCAAAUAGGUGCAGAGAUGAGACUAUUCCUAUUCACGUUGAAGUGAUUUGCUUUGUUUAAAAAAAAAAAUCGCAGCUAUUGUCUAACUUUCAUUUUUCUACUGAGAACUUUACAUUAGUCCCUUAUUAGAAUAAGGUUGCUACUCAGUCUUUUUUUUUUUAAGGCUGAAUUUCAUCAUUUAUCUAAAGAGAAAAUAUGCAAAAUGACUGGUCUUGUUAAGAGUGCAAUAUUAUAUUUUUAUGUAAAAAUAAAAAUGAAAUUGGGGGGAUUAUUUAUUCAGCAUGAAACUUAAUAUGUAUAUGUUUGAAGCACUUCAUAAUAUGCAUGUUGUAGCAAAUAUUUCUGUAAACUAUCACAAGCUCUGUUACCUUUGUACACACUACCACUUCACAGUGGGGAUAAAUUUCAUAAAAAUAGACUUGAGGACCUAUUCUCAUUGCAGUUUAAAUAU